CUUCGCCCGCGCGGUGCAUUGUGGGAGUGGCGCCAAGAUGGCGGCGGCCGCCGCCGCUGCUGCUACUGCCGCCCUGAGCUGGAGGCGGGUCCCUUCCUCCACCGGGCCGGUGCCCCGCUCCCGCCACGGGCACCGCGCCGUAGCCAUCCGCGAGCUGGUGAUCAUCUUCGGGGGCGGCAACGAGGGCAUCGCCGACGAGCUGCACGUCUACAACACGGCUACAAAUCAGUGGUUUCUUCCUGCUGUUAGAGGAGAUAUUCCUCCAGGCUGUGCAGCCCAUGGAUUUGUCUGUGAUGGUACCAGAAUAUUAGUGUUUGGCGGAAUGGUUGAAUAUGGAAGAUACAGUAAUGAUUUAUAUGAAUUACAGGCAAGUCGAUGGCUGUGGAAAAAAGUAAAACCUCAGCCUCCAUCUAUUGGUUCACUACCUUGUCCUCGACUUGGCCAUAGCUUUUCUUUAUAUGGUAACAAGUGUUAUUUAUUUGGUGGCCUGGCAAAUGAAAGUGAAGAUUCAAACAAUAACAUUCCCAGAUAUUUAAAUGAUUUCUAUGAACUGGAGCUGCAACAUGGUUCUGGAGUCGUAGGCUGGAGCAUUCCAAUGACCAAAGGGAUCUUGCCUUCUCCUCGAGAAUCCCACACAGCCAUUGUGUAUUGCAGAAAAGAUUUGGGAAAUCCAAAGAUGUAUAUUUUUGGAGGGAUGUGUGGCUGUCGACUUAAUGACCUUUGGGAGCUUGACAUAGAAACAAUGACCUGGUCAAGACCAGAAACUAAGGGGACGGUGCCACUUCCUCGCAGUCUCCAUACAGCCAAUGUAAUAGGAAACAAAAUGUAUGUUUUUGGUGGAUGGGUUCCACAGACAGUGGAGGAUGAGAUUUCUGCUCGUGAUGGUGAAUGGAAGUGUACCAGUUCAUUUUCUUAUCUAAAUUUGGAUACCACAGAAUGGAUAAGUCUAAUCUCAGAUUGUCAGGAAGACAAAAAGAACUUGUUACCUGGGCCAAGAGCUGGACACUGUGCUGUGGCCGUCGGUACUCGUCUGUACAUCUGGAGUGGUAGAGAUGGUUACAGAAAAGCUUGGAACAAUCAAGUUUGCUGCAAGGAUCUUUGGUAUUUAGAUACAGAGAAACCGCCAGCACCAUCACAGGUACAGCUGAUCAGAGCUACAACUAAUUCUUUUCAAGUAAAAUGGGAUGAAGUUCCUACAGUUGAAGGAUAUCUUCUUCAGUUAAAUGCUGACUCCCCAGCACCUACAGUGACUGGUGGAAUUGUGGUUCCUGAGACUGCUCUGCUGAAUUCACAAGGAAUCAAGCUGGAUCUUCACAGCCAAACAAAUCACAUGGUUCCUAAUAAUGUACAAGUUGCAUCUAAUUCAUUACUAAAACUAGAAGCUAAAGAAAAUAUUACUGAACCUGAAAACAUUGCUACGCAAGAAGCUACAAAGAAAAACCAUCUAGAUUCUAGAGGAUUCAAAGAGUCAAAUGCCCCCUCACUUUUGCCAGCGUGCACUUUAGGUCCUCAGACUUCAGCAAAUGUAGCUGAAUUACAUGACUUGGACAUACGAACUGUAAAUCCUGAUGCUUCUGUAUCCAGUACUGUCUCCAGCACACAAACUAUGGUAACCCAGCAGGCUGUUAAAACUGAGUCAUCAAGUACAAAUGGGGCAGUUGUUAAAGAUGAAACUUCACUAACAACAUUCAGUUCAAAAUCUGAAGUUGCUGAAACUACUUUUAUAAUGCCUUCAGCCAAGGUCAGGACUGGUCACACAAAUAACUCGACUGUGCACUUAUCUAAAACUACUCCACUAAGGCAGAUGGCAACAGUGAAAACAAGAGAACGACAGUGGUACGAUGUGGGAAUUUUUAAAAGCAACACUGCUUUGGUGAGCCAGUACUAUUUGUUGCCAGAAGAAAAAUCAAGCAUCUCCAACAAGGUGGAAAAUGCAGAUGUCCCAGACUACAGUUUACUUAAGAAACAGGAUCUCUUUCCAGGCACUGUGUACAGGUUCAGGGUUGCUGCAAUCAAUGGCUGUGGUGUCGGCCCUUUCAGUAAAGUCAGUGAAUUUAAAACCUGCAUUCCGGGUUUUCCUGGGGCACCUUCAAUGGUCAGAAUCACCAAGAGUGUAGACUGUAUUCAUCUUUCAUGGGAGCCACCUGUUUCACCUUCUGGAAAUAUCUUGGAAUAUUCGGCCUACUUAGCUAUUCGUACCACACAAGUACACGAAAACCCAAAUCAGCUUGUAUUUAUGAAAAUAUACUGUGGUCUUAAAACAUCAUGUAUAGUGACUGCUGCACAGCUUUCAAAUGCCCAUGUUGAUUACACCUCCAGACCUGCUAUAGUGUUCAGGAUUUCUGCAAAGAAUGACAGAGGAUAUGGACCUGCCACACAAGUUCGAUGGCUUCAAGAAAUGAAAACAUCAAGUUCAAAAUAGAAGCACCAUAAUAUAAUUCAAGUUAUGAAUGUAGUGUUUAACAUUUGUAAUAUUUUGUAAAUGCUCCAAAUAUUUUAUUUUUGCAUUGUUUAUCUUAAAUUUAUAUAAACACUUUUUUUUACAUUUUGAACAUCAGCAUUAUGCAGCCUUGCUCAGGUUGAACUACCAUAUAUGGAAAUUCUUAUAGUGAAGAUAAAUAAUUAGAUACUAUCUUCUAUCAACAACCAUUCUGAUAAUUAAAGUUUUAACUAUCACUGUCUUUUAAAUCUGAAAUUGACACUUGAAGCAGAAUUUAAAUUUGUUACAAUUGCAGGUGCACAAGAUUAUCCGCCACUUGUGCCAGUUUUCAAAGAUUUCGUAGAGAUUGCCCGUGCUGAAAUGUCAUUGCACAGAUAACUUUGUAAAGCCUCAUGAUCUCUGUUCAGUUGAAGUUCUUAAACCACAUUCAUCACUGUGGUAUCUGAGUGCAAGGCAAACAUUUCCUUUUAUUAUGGUAUCUUAAAAUGUAUAGAAUAUUUUAAUAUAUAUACUUUUUGUAAAGAAAUGAUUUUUCUACUAUUUGUAACAAAUAUUUUAAUCUUUAAAGGCAUUCCCUGAAGAUAUGCAAAUACUAGGAAACUUAGUCACUUCUGUUAUGAAAAAUAUAAAUGUAAUGUAAAUGCACUACUAUUAGUUGGGAUUAUCCUUUUGAAGUUGUACAAAUCUUAAAUCUGUAAAUAUUCUUAAUGUUUACAAAGAGACCUCUCUGGUCUACUAUUAAACCCUUCAUGAGGAUUCAUCCAUUUUUUUUAAACCCAUAUGCUUUGCUUCCAGCAUAUGCUUGCUUUUUGCACUAAUAAGAAUUUAAUGUACCUCAUUCUUAUGUUUGUAAUCGCUUGUGUUGCUUCCAUAACAUUUCUGUAAUAUUUUAGUCUAAAAAUUUAACCAAAGUUAAAAUACAUGGUAAGCAGUUUUGCACAUAUUGUAUGCUAAUUCUUAUGACCUGUUUAUUCCAGUUAGUCUUUAUAACUGCUUCAUUGGUAGAAUUUACAGGUAAAGCAAUCAGUUCAAUACUCCCAUUUACCUAUCAGUCAUUUUUCAUUAAUUAGAUAGCUAUUUAGCUUAAAAAGCACUGCUGUUAGGAAUAGGUUGAUCCAUUCCUGUGCUAAAGAAAAUGUUUGUUCACAGUAAUAGAACAAAUAUAAACAUUUUAAUGCUAUUUAUUUUUUUAAAAUCAUUUGUUUACCAAAGUGUAGAGUAAAAUGGCUGAAUUGUGUGAGGCCACUAGGUGAAUAGAUUUUGAGGCAUCUAAUAAGAAUUUUUAUAAAAUGAGUUACUGCACAUGUGCAAUGAAGUUUAUACUUUGCACUUUAAAUUUUUCCCUCGAUGCCAAAAGAAUAUACAUCAAGGUGGAAUUACUUGCCUUUUCCCCUUAUAUUUGUGUUAAGAACAUGCACUGUAAAUAUGUAAUCUUAAAAAUUAAGAAUAGACUUGCCUGUUUGCUUUGUUUUGGUUUUUAAUGGGGGGGCAUAGAUAUUUGGUAAAAGAUUCUCAAGAAAAGAUUGGCUAACCCAAAUAUGCUGAAGUAAAUUUUUAUGGCCAAACUUUAGACUUCUAAAGUCAGGGUUUAUAAUGUAAGUGCUGAUACAGCCUUAACACAGCCACAAUCUGUGAUGCCAUGUAAAAGCACUGGGGACUUUACAAAUCUUCAUUGUAGAAUUGAUUGUGACAUGAGUGUAGUAUAAAUAGUUCUACUCAUAACAAUAGAAAACCUGACAAGAAAAAAAGUGUGUAUAUAGUGUUGAUUUCAACAGAUUCAUUUGAAACUGAGUAUUCACAUCAUGAAUUUUUAUAUAGGGUUUUUUCCUGCAGAGAAAGUUUUAAAUGGGCUUAAAAACAUUAGUAUAAUGGUCUACAUCAUCAGUUAUGACCUUGACACUACCCAGUAACUAAAAUCUCCACUUACAUGCAGGCUGUAACUAGAAAAGUAUAACUUUGCUUUUCUUAUUAGUACUGUAAAAGAUGCCUUUAGAAAACAUUUUAUGGCUUUUGUUGGUUGGUAGCUGUGAUUGUAGUGAUAUUAUUUAAGAAUAAAAUCUGUUGGGUACGUCCAUGGAUGGAGUUUUUGCACUUGGUUUCAUAUACUUUGCACAUUUUAUUUUUUAAAGAGUGUGUCACGAUGACCAAAGGUAAAACUGUGGUGUUUUCAAUCAAAAUAUGAUUUCUGUGUAAGUGUACUUACAGCUGGCUUUAUGUAAGUUUUCACUCUCUUCCGUUAUCCCAGUUGGGUAAUGUUUGAAUAGUGAACAUAUGCAAAUCUCCUGUUCCAUGCUUUGCAGUUUUACUUUAAAAUUAAAUUACGUUAUACACUGUGAAAAUGCACAUUGAGGUCUGCUUCUCAGAACUGUACUUGCAAAAUGUCUAAAUCCCACCUAAGUUUCAUCUUAGAGAAACAUUUUAUAUGUUUAUAAACUAGAUAUUGGACAAAUAUACUGAGAUGUCUGUUCCAGUUUUUAAAUUUAUUUGAAAUACAAUUGAAAUUAGCUGUUUGAGAAACUGCAUCAGAAGUCCUCAUUAUUUCAUAUUUGUCAUUGUUAAAAUUCAUGUAAACAAAACACCCACAUUGAUCAGAAUACAAUAUCAGUUUUGUAGAAAUUUCAAGGGGUUUGAUAGACUUUUCAUGAAAGUUCUGACUAUAUAAGUAGAAAAGUUCUUUUUUUUUUAUGGUAGCUGUGGCAGAUAUUGCAACAACUUAAGAAUGUUUUUGUGAAAUUUGAAAUAAAAUGAACGAGAACCAACAUUUGGUGUUUAAAGUAAUUUUAGCAAUAUCUUCUAAUAUAGUUGGAAGUAGAGCACAUGAUGACCAAGCCAGAAACUUUGGAGAUAUAGUUAACGAUACUAUUGUUAACAGGUAUUUCAGGGUGGUUGAUUUGAGGUGGUUAUAGUUUUAUGGCCUGUUACUUCAGUGAUCUCUACAAAGAAAAUUGACGUUUUGUACAAUGAAAAAAAAUUGAAUAUAUCUUAUUUCAAAGCAUUGUUUAUUCUUUGUAAUAAAGUGGU